GGAGGCGGGCCAUGAUCCUGCUCAGACAAAAAUGGCUAGCUCGGACGCGCCUGCAGGUGCUGAAGUGCUGACAUCUGACGGGAGCGACAAACUGAUGCGAAUGAAAGGGGAGAAAGAAGGCUCGGUAUCGAGAGCAGACAAACAUAAAGAGAACGGGGAAGACGCGGAGGACAGCGCGGAUCCCGAAAAAGAAGAUAACUGGAGGAUACAUAACUUGGUAUCAAAUAUUGGCAUGGUGUCGGUCCAAGGAACCUCUGAUCCUCGGUAUUUAGGAUCAACAUCUGGCAUUUCUUUUGCCCGGGUCGUGUUUGCUGCAGUGAAAAGCUCUGUCCCAGGAAAUGCAUCGGAGCGAGGUCCCAUGCGCCCAAGCGAACGCCUACCCCAUAGCGCUACUGGUACAGCUGGGAGUACGGGGCGUGAUUCUUUCUUCGGUCUUCAGACGAGGCCGAUGAUGAAAUGCGCCGCCUUUCCAGAGCGGGAACUGGCUGAGAAGCUCGCCGGCCUCUAUUUCGAACAUGCUAAUCCUCAGAUACCCAUUCUCCAUCGCAAUGAUUUUAUGGAACUACUUGAUCGCACUUACUCAGUUGAAGAAAAAAGCCGCUCUCCUCGCAGUCUUUACAUGCUCAACAUUGUCUUCGCUAUUGGUGCUGGUAUUAUAUUUGAGGAUAAGCCAGGGGACGAGAAAGGAAACGGACGCGACCGUUCGCCGUCCACAUCGAAGAGGCCCCGACUGUCAAAUCAUCAAUACCAACCCGAGGAGUAUCAUGCCUCGGCAAUCAUUCACUUAGAGUCCUUCGUUGGUGCUCCUUCUACAAACGACGGUUUUGGAGCGUUAGAGGAGCUACAGGCAGUGCUUCUGCUCGCCAAUUUUGCCCUGCUACGGCCCGUUGCGCCUGGACUAUGGUAUAUUGUUGGUGUUGCGAUGCGGCUGGCUGUUGACCUUGGUCUACAUUACGAAGAUGGAACAGGCAUUGAUACAUUGGCGGAUGAGAGUCUUGACCAUCCACAACGGAGAGCCGAAGAUAGGGACAAGCCGCGUAUUGAUACCCGUGAGCGAGGGCGUCGGGAGUGGGUUCGUGAUCUUCGCCGGCGCUUGUGGUGGUGUGUCUAUAGUUUCGACCGCCUGGUUAGUUGCUGUGUUGGCCGCCCUUUUGGGAUCAGCGACCAGGCUAUUAGCACGGAGUUUCCGUCCUUGUUGGAGGAUCAAUACAUCACCAAGUCAGGGAUCGUGGUGCCUCCAGAAGGCGCUCCGAGCUAUAAACAUGCAGCACAUCAUUACUUUAAGCUAAGAGUGCUCCAGUCUGAGAUUCAAGAUGUCCUACAACAUCAACAAUCACGGUUUGCGAAGAACAAGGUGCCUUAUGCGGCAAGGAGAUUUACGCGAUCUGAUCUCAUAUCCCCAUUCCUGCAGGGAUUUGACUCAUUCCGCUCCUGGCGCAAGGAUAUCCACCGGCGAUUGAUUGAAUGGCAACAGACUGCUCCAACGAAGCGAGACACAGGCGUGCAAUUCUCUGUGGAGUUUCUCGAAUUGAACUAUUGGCAAGCUGUCAUCAUGCUGUACCAACAGAGCCUAACUGUUCCCGCCGAGUUAGCAGAUGAAGUUACACCCGCUGAAGAUGUCUCCAGUCCUUCUUUCUCUAAUGUAGACGAAGCCGAUGAUGAAGACGAUAUCUAUUAUAAAGUGGCCGAAGCAGGACAAAAGGUUAUUCGAAUAUACCGUCAAAUGCAUCGUGUGCGCUUGGUGAAUUACACGUAUCUCGCUACACACCACAUCUUCAUGGCAGGUAUUUCAUUUCUAUAUGCAAUCUGGCAUUCGCCCGUAGUUAGAAGUCGCUUGACACUAGACGAAGUGGACUUCACAGUGCUUGCUGCCACGUCUGUCCUGGGAGAUUUAGUGCAUAAAUGUCCGCCUGCAGAAGCCUGUCGUGAUGCUUUUGAGCGGAUGAGUAAAGCCACGGUGCAGAUGUCUUUAUCUACCACUGGAUUUGGAUCGCAGGUCGACUUGACUCGGUUCCAAGCAAAUGCCGUUAUAACCCAGCAUGCCAAUGCAAUCUAUGCUGGUCGAAAUAGACAGAAUGGUCGCUAUACAAUAGAUCAACGACAGAGGCCUCCCCCUGGCCAAUCUAGACGGCAAACGCAGACGCGGUCAGCACGACCAAUUCCGAGAUUCGAUAUGAAUCUUGGUGAUCUUUUCAGCGAUAAUUCUGUCCCUGAACGGCAGGGCACAAGGCGAUCGGUGCAGUCUUACUCAGGCCGACCGGAAUUCUCUGACGUCUCCGCCUCUACUUUCGCUUCGGAGCGACCAAACCGGACUCAACGAACACCAUCCAUGGAGUACUAUGGGAACUAUGAGAGCCCCGUCUCUCCACAGACACAGCAACAGUACGUUUAUGGUAACUCUCCACAGCACAGUGGGUCGCCUAGCAGCGUUACUGCCAACCCUAGCCAUCAUCAGUUCCAACCGACAGACCAAGAGAUCUCAUCAACCGGAAUUAGCCUGGAUUUCCUGGACUUCGACGUAGCUGGUGCAGAGGGCCAAGUCCCUCUAGGGUCUGAUGAGAACCCCGAUUAUGAUUUACAGGCAGUACCCUCGUUAGGACACGGGGCUGGGCAUAGUGUUGGAAUCGACCUCGGUUUCGGCAUGGCAGUCGACUUUCAACACGACUGGAGUGAGAAUGCCAACUAUGAUCUUCUUGAAGGAUACUUCUUUGGGGGUUCGGGAGCCGGUCCAUCUGCAGAUGGCUAAGGUAGGGUUGAGAUUGGUCUGUGUACUUGCUCAAAUUCCACAGUUUGUUUGUUUAUAUUUGGCUACUUUCCCUUGUCACUGAUCGGCAAGUCUCCCGACACCGGAAUGGAAAUGUUCUUACGAGGCGGAUCCUCUUUGUUAUAUUUUCAAUGAUGGCUGGAUCUUGGAUAUAUGUGUCUAUGCCGUAUACAGGUUUUUUU